UCCCUCUUCAACCUUCUGCUUUCUGGAGGGGCACCUUCAACCAGCUCCGCGGUGCACUGGCAACGGCUUCCUCAGCUUUACGGGUGGAAAUAACACUUCCUCACAGACACAAUGUCGUUUCUGACCGUCAGCAGGCUAGCGCCUAAACUCCUCAAUUCAAAGAAUGCCACUUGCUUCUUUGUCGCUGCCAGAAAUGCCAGCGCCUCAACAACAAACUUGAAGGAUGUCCUGGCAGACCUCAUUCCCAAAGAACAGAGCAGGAUCAAGAAUUUUAAACAACAGUACGGCAAAACCAACAUAGGGCAGAUUACUGUGGAUAUGGUUUAUGGCGGUAUGAGGGGCAUGAAGGGUCUGGUGUAUGAAACCUCUGUGUUGGAUCCUGAAGAGGGCAUUCGCUUCAGGGGCUACAGCAUUCCAGAGUGUCAGAAGCUGCUCCCCAAAGCCCCGGGAGGCGAGGAGCCGCUGCCCGAGGGCCUCUUCUGGCUGCUGGUCACAGGACAGGUCCCCACCGAGGAGCAGGUGAACUGGGUGUCCAAAGAGUGGGCGAAAAGAGCAGCUCUCCCCUCCCACGUUGUCACCAUGCUGGACAAUUUCCCCACAAACCUGCACCCCAUGUCUCAGUUCAGUGCUGCGAUCACAGCCCUGAACAGCGAGAGCAGCUUCGCCCGGGCGUACUCUGAAGGAGUCCACAAGACCAAGUACUGGGAGUUCGUCUACGAGGACUCCAUGGACUUGAUUGCCAAACUGCCCUGCAUCGCUGCAAAGAUCUACCGCAACCUGUACCGCGAAGGCAGCAGCAUCGGAGCCAUCGACUCCAACCUGGAUUGGUCGCACAACUUCACCAACAUGCUGGGCUACAGCGACGCUCAGUUCACCGAGCUGAUGAGGCUCUACCUCACCAUUCACAGCGACCAUGAAGGAGGCAACGUCAGCGCUCACACCAGCCACCUCGUGGGCAGCGCCCUGUCCGACCCCUACCUGUCCUUCAGCGCUGCCAUGAACGGGCUGGCUGGGCCUCUGCACGGCCUGGCCAAUCAGGAGGUGCUGGUGUGGCUGACGGCUCUGCAGAAGGAGCUGGGAGGAGAAGUGUCUGAUGAGAGGAUGAGGGAUUACAUCUGGAACACUCUCAAGUCUGGACGGGUGGUUCCCGGCUACGGCCACGCCGUUCUGAGGAAGACCGACCCGCGCUACACCUGCCAGCGAGAGUUUGCCCUGAAGCAUCUGCCCAACGACCCCAUGUUCAAGCUGGUGGCUCAGCUCUACAAGAUCGUCCCCAACGUGCUCCUGGAGCAGGGCAAGGCCAAGAACCCCUGGCCCAACGUGGACGCGCACAGCGGCGUGCUGCUGCAGUAUUACGGCAUGACCGAGAUGAACUACUACACGGUGCUGUUCGGCGUGUCCCGCGCUCUCGGCGUUCUGGCCCAGCUGGUGUGGAGCCGAGCCCUCGGCUUCCCGCUGGAGCGCCCCAAGUCCAUGAGCACGGAUGGACUGAUGACUUUGGUCGGAGCAAAGUCGGGCUGAAGGCGCCGCCUGUGAAAGAAGCUGGGCAUCUUCUCCACAUGGUUGUGGUUAUUUUGAUCGUAGAGGAGUAUAUGAAGGUAUGUGAUAACUGGGAGGAUUCGUUGAAAAGCAAACAGGAGAUGGGGGCUGGAUGCGUCAAAAGGGCAAGAAAAGCUUGCGGAGCAACUAUUGAAAAACCUAACAAAAAAUGAAAAAUAAAGGUUUUUAAUAACA